UGAAUCAGUAUUAACUAGCCUGGUGCUGAGGUAUUUUGACCGGAUCAUGUGAUGUUUACCAAUGCAAUAUGACCGAAGUUAGCCGGCCCACGGUUACCUGUGCUGUAGUCAAGCAUAAACUCUGGAGGUCGACCGACUAUUGAAAUGGACAGGUAAUCAGUAAUCUAAUGAAUGGAUUCAACGAAAACCUAUUGGUUGGACCAGUUGAGGGCAAAUAGGAAGAACAUGGCAAACAUUACACUGGCUGAAAAUGGUGAGAGAGAGAGCUUAGGACCGAUCGUCGAAGGAACACAACUGUCAUACCUUGAGCACAGUGCGACAAGGAUACCAGACCAGCUGGGCCAGUGGUACGGCAAGCAAGUCACCAGACUAGACCUUAGCUUCAACCACAUCAGGUCGUUAGAAGGUCUGGAGAGGUUUGUCAAGUUGGAAGAGUUGAUCUUGGAUCAGAAUGAGUUGACUGACUCUGUCGUCCUUCCACACAUGUCCAAACUACACACGCUAGUACUCAAUAAAAACAGAAUCAAAGAUUUGGAGAGUCUAAUGGAUCAGCUCAAGGAGCGGUGUCCCAACCUGACGUAUCUGAGUCUCCUAGGGAACGAAGCUUGUCCCAAUGAGCUAUCCAGCACAGACAAGGAUGAAGACGACUACCAGAGAUACAGAUAUUACGUGGUGCACAGGUUACCAGGAUUAAAGUUCCUGGAUUCCAGACAGGUGACCCAGAAGGAGAGAAAAGAAGCAGAUAGGGUGGGGUCCUACAUGAGGGUGGUCCGAGUCACGGCAGAUGAGGAUCCGCACAAUUCUCCGGAUUCCCCAGACGGUGGUCACCAGUCUUACAAUCCCUUGCCAGACACAACUAGACCAACUGAUAACCACCAAGGGACGUUUGGGAAGUGCCGUUAUGUUUACUACGGUAGGCACUCAGAGGGCAACCGGUUCAUCCGGAACAACGACCUCUAAUGCAGAACACCGGCAUCAGGGAGUUUGUUUUUAUCCAGAUCUUGAAGAAGCUGUGCUGGAGUGGUUACUCAAAUUCUUUCUCUCUGUUUCAAAAGUUUUUUCACUUGUAUAUAACCUGAUUCAAAGGAAAUGAGAAGAUUGAUCCUUGGACUCUUUCUUGGGAGGAUUCCUUUUGGAAUGCAUGGUUCCACUGGGGACACAGCAUCCCCAUUUGAAAGCUUCCUCCAAAUGGUCUGUGCCCAAAAUGGGAUGCGGGAACAUGUUGAUGGAGCGCUAGCAUUCCAACGGGAAAGAUCCAGCAGAACGAGAAUGUUUGCCUUUUUUUUCAGUGCUCCCUUAGCAUAACCCUUCCUAUUGCACAUGCGAGUACUCUUCAUUACCUCACCACAUGCUUGAAACAUGUCACAUGUGAGCACCAACUUGGCUGUGAUUGUAUAAAACAUCCUUGGUGAUGUUGGGGCUGGUUGUAGAUUACACCAACAGACAUGUAGUGAGGACUAUUAUGGUAAGUAUAUAUCUAGCUAAAAGGCUAUAUUAUUCAAGAUACCUCCAGAUAGCUGUCUAGAUUGUCAGACUUCCAAGUUAAAGAAUGGUUCAAUUCUGCAUCUUGCUUUGCAUUCCACCAAUCAGAGUCAUCAUUAGCUCCAAUGCCCACUUACUCCAUUUAAUUAAGAAGCUGUCCUCAGUGCUUCAGUAAGUUUUUUGAUGUGCAUCAGUAGUUGCUCUGUUUAGUCCAGAAAGCUUUAUGCUUGGCUUAUACUCUUUCUUUUAUUCAUAUUUUUGUCUUUGGUUUGAAAUUCAUCACUGAAAGUUCUUUUAGAUUUUGUCCAUAAUCUCUUUUUUAGCUGUAUGAUCGCGAAGGUAACUGGUGCACUUGUUCAACGAUGUUGUGUCCACUACUUCAAUACUGCAAUACUGACAGAAUUUCUUCAUGUAACAAACUUGUGGUGAAUAAGCCUUUUGCGAGUUAAAUUUAAAUACAAUCUGGUACACAGAGUUAUCUGAUUGCACAUAAACACAACA